CGAGGAAGCAACCAUGGUACGGGAUACCUUACCCGUUGAGAUUAAGAGGGCUUGAUGGUAGUGGGAAGCAGGGAAACAAAAAUGAAUAAGAAGCGGCCUGCAUGUCACACAAAUGGGCGGCUCCGUCCUUCUUCCACCUGAUUUAUCUUUCUGAGGAACGAUAAAAGAGUUCAUCAAUCAGAGAGUCAGAGUCAGAGUGGUGGAUGGCCGGAUAAGCAAACACAACUCUCACAUCGACGUCAGUGAUGUUUUAUCUUCCGAGAAUUUGUUCAUCGCUUUCCGUCCCAUCUUUUUCCUAUCCGAUCGCCUCCACAAUUCCGUCUUAUUCUUUCAGAUCCGACCUACCGACUCGAACGGCUUCUCUUUCUCCAAGAUACUGAGGCUCUGGACUAUUGGGUAUAAGAUUGUGACUCGACCACCGCCACAGUGCAUCUACACUAGUGCUAGACACAUAACACGACUUCAUCUACCCCACAAGGGCUUUGACAAAACAAAGCAACGGUACACGCAUACAUACCUGUUUGGACUCCCAAAAUGGCUGCUCCUCCGAACCAGGGCUUCGACACAUCCUCUCUCUCCGAAAAGGACCUACGCAUCUUCCGCCUCUACGGUCGUCUUCCAUCUAACCUCGCAUCCAAACCCCAGUCCACAUCAGCCCCCUCCUCCACUUCAACGACGCCCUACACCUCCCCUCUAAACUCGGGCUCCUCCCUCCAACCGGCAACCGUGACCAGCACUGGUCCCAGCGCAACCAACAACGCAGCAACCACCCGCUUCGCCCGCCACCUCCGAGAGCGCAAGUACUUUGACUCGGGCGACUACGCUUUGUCCAAAGCCGGGCGGGGGAAUUCGGUGGAUGUUGGCAUGAUUGGGUCUGCGCACCCGGCGCCGGAAGAGAUUCCGCAUCCCAGUCCGUUGUCCAUCAUGCAACGGAGGAGGGGGUCGAGUUUUUGUGGUGGGGUCAGUGGGACCUUUCAUUUGGGGACGCGAGACGGGGAGGGGGAGGACGAUGGAGGAGGGUUGGCGGAUUCACCUGGCCUGGGGGGGUGGGGGAGGUAUAGAAGGUCGAGUUUGAGUGUGGAGGUUGUGGAUGCUGAUGGGGGAUAUGAGGUUGGAGUGGAUGGGAGGAAAUGAUCAUGGGUGGUGGUGUUGUUUGUUGUUGGUGGAGGUAGUUGGGUUCCUGGAUGCGUUGAGGGAUCUUUAUCAUUUCUUGAUGACGGCGGCUGUUGAGCUUGUGGCCUCAUGGCCGGGAGAGAUUGUUCUGGGCCGGAGCUUCCAGAUCGUCGUUGGUGUGGGAUGCGUGGUCUUUGGUCAUUUCAUUUUGCAUCGUCGGGUUUGCAGGCGACAUAUUGUGAAAAUCAUGUGUGGCUUUUGGAAUGCGCUCAUCGUGUAUUUCAUAUCCAAGUUGUGGUUGAUGAACGUAUUCGUACCGCAUAACUGGAAAAUUGUCAGUUCCCAAUGACUGUUUAUACUCAUUCCAGCAUUUUGUUGAAUUUGUGCAAAGUGCAAGUUCUCGCUCUCACCUUACUUGUAUCGGC